AUGCCCUCUGUCACACGUGGAAGUAUCACGUCCAAGAUCUGUUUGUACAACUCCCUCCAUGGCUCCUUAAUGCAUGAUACUGGCCGUGGGGAACUGUGGAGGGACUGGGACAGCACUUCUAAGUUUUCCCAGUAUGGCUGGAGGUGCACCACCAAUGAAAAUGAUUACUCAACAAAAACCCUUAGAGGGAACUGGAAUGAAGAGCGAUACGAUAUCCAGAGAAUUGUGCAGCCCAAGCCACUUCCUUCCCAGUAUACUCACUGCUUUGAAACAAUCUCUUCAGAUUACAAGGGAAAGCGUCGGAGAAUAAAAAGUACAUGCACAGAACUAAAAUGUAGUCUGUUGGAUCUACCUCAUUGGUUUCCAGGCUACCACCCUGAGCUGGAACUUCCUUCAUUCAAUUGAACUGCUCAGUCCUGCUCCACAAUAGACUACAGGCCUCCAUAUAGCAGCCUUUUCUGCUUGUGUCCAACACUCAGAGAAGGAACAAGAAGGAUGAAGGAAAAGCAACAGAGAUGGAGAGAAUCUGCAGACUAUGCCUUCAGAAAAACAGGAGGCCUGUCUGCUAGCAGUGCUACAAGGAUAUCCUUCAAGCAAAAAGACCUGUCACACAUUAAAGCCAAAUGUAUCAUCCUGUGA